GCAAAAGCAUUCGAAGCCGCCCAACACAUUCUGGCAGAAGCGGAGCCACACGACGCGAUGGGUGUUCCUUGCGACGUCUCCAUGCGCCAGCUCCGCCGCCGCUUCGGUUGCCUCACCAAGCUGCUGAGUGGAUACGAUGACCCGGAGAUUCUGGCAGCCUUCCAGAAAGUCAAAGUGGCAUUUGAUGAGAUGAGAUCAAUGAGAAGCGUGGAAACUACAGAAGACAAAAAGCAGGCACCUAUAUAG